AUGCAUCCACAAAACCUCCUCGUCGCAGCCCUAUCCCUGGGCGCGGCUGUCCUGGCCGCACCCACCGACCUAGCUGCUCGCACAGCUAGAACCAGUGCGCCCGCAGGCUGCCUGACCGUCGGCUCCAAUGGGAAGUACUCGACUAUUGGCGCUGCCCUGACUGCCCUCGGCACUUCCUCUGCACCGGCUUGUAUCUAUGUCGCAAGCGGCACCUACAAGGAGCAGCUCGUUGUCAACUAUCCCGGUGCUCUGACGAUGUAUGGCCAGACUACCGAUGUGGAUACGUACAAGGAGAAUACCGUGACGAUCACCCACACGAUCUCUUCGCCCGUAGCUGGUUCGUUGGAUAAGAGUGCAACUGUGAAUGUUGUCACCUCUCUGUUCAAGAUGCACAACAUCAAUGUGGCGAACGAGUUCGGAAAGGGUGCACAGGCUGUUGCAAUCGUCGCCAAUGCCGAUAAACUCAGCUUCUACGCAUGCCAGUUUGUUGGUUACCAGGAUACCGUGUAUGCUAAGGCGGGAACACAGUACUAUGCCAACUCCAAGAUUGAGGGAGCCGUGGACUACAUCUUCGGUGAUGCCUCUGCCUGGUUCAAUAACUGCGACAUCAUCUCCAAUGGCCCGGGCGUUGUCACUGCCAGUUCGCGUGAAGUAGCCAGCGACGAGACCUGGUUUGUAUUUGAGGACUGCAAUGUCAAGGCUGCGUCUCUUGCUGUCGCCGAUGGCACGGUAUACCUUGGCCGUCCUUGGAGAGUCCUUGCUCGCGUCAUCUACCAGAACUCCAACCUGGGCAGUUUGAUCAAUGCCAAGGGGUGGACCACAAUGGCGCAGGGUGCUACACCGGCUUACUAUGAGUACAACAACUCUGGUGCUGGAUCGAGUACUUCUGCACGCCAGUUCUUGUCUCCUAUCUCGGCGCCAGUCACCAAGGAGACCGUUUUGGGAAGUGAUUACGCUUCUUGGAUUUGA